AUGGCCCGCCGCCUCGAAGAAGCGACCGAAGAAGCCCUCCUCACAGGAGGCCGAGCGGGCCGCCGCGCGGUCGAGGACGCCGGCUUCAGCGACGAGCUGAAGAGCCGCCUGCUCGACAAGAUCGCAGACGCGCGCUUCCGCGAAGACAAUGCCGGCGCCCUGCGCGAGGCCGGCCUGACAUCCAAGUUCCCCGCGAGCGCCGGCGAGGGCACGCGCGCGAUGGCGGCGUCCCAGCCGUGGACGGGCGAGGAGACGCAGUCGGACGCCGUGCUGCGCAUGCUGGACGACGCGCACAAGCCGCUGCGGCCGGGCCUGCGCGGCAAGCCGAACAUACCGCAGCCGGUGCCUGUCGAUAUGCGGCUACGGCGGGAGCCAGUUGUCAGUCCCGGGCGGAAGGUGGCGAGCGCGCGGGACAAGGCGGCCGUGUACUCGGGCAUGGGGAUGAAGGACACGCGGGGCUUGACGGACGAGGAGCGUGAGGCGAUGAAGAAGGAGCUUCGAGACCGGUUCACGCCUGCUGCGAGAGCUUUGCCAAACACGAUAUCCGGACUGGCGGCGCUGGCGAACGAAAGGAUAGAGGACGCCAUUGCUCGAGGGCAGUUCAAGAAUAUACCGAGAGGGAAAGGUGUAGAGCGGGAUGCGAGAGCGGACAAUCCGUUCAUAGAUACGACAGAAUACAUCAUGAACAAGAUGAUAAAGAGGCAGGACAUUGUGCCGCCGUGGAUUGAGAAGCAGCAGGAGCUCGUGAAAGCGGCUACGGUAUUCCGGGCGAGACUACGGAAUGACUGGAGGAGGCAUGCUUGCAGAACCAUCUCCAGCCGCGGAGGCUCGUUGGAGGAGCAGAUGCGCAGGGCAAACGAGUACGCCAGGGCAGAAGAGGUGCACAACCCGCGGCGACGGAACGUCGACCAGAUUGCUGUGCCUACGAACACAACGGAUGAUGUGGUCAUGGUGGCUAUACGGCAAGAGGCACUGCCUGAACCACCCGCUCCGGCGACAACAACAUCUGCCGCAGCCGAACCCGAUAUCAGCUUCACCGAACCAUUUCGAGAUCCAGAAUGGGAGGCGGUUGAGCGAUCAUACAUGGAGUUGGCGAUCAACAACAUGAACGCUCUCACGAGGUCAUACAACCUGAUGGCCCCCGAGCUGGCGAAGAAGCCGUACUUCUCUCUCGACCGCGAGCUCAAGGCUUGCUUCGCGGACGUGGCGCCCCAAUUGGCCCGGGAGAUCAAGGAACGCGCAACGCGACCGCAAAAGUCGUUGAUUGAUCCUAUUGGCCAUGGCCAGGGCAGCAUUCUGGACAGAUUUGCCAGGGAGAGCAAGACGUCCAAGAUCUACGACUCCAAGGUGCCAAAUUAUGGCUUCAAGGAGAUGUGGCGCGACUUCUGGCAGCGGUCUUCCACGUAA